AUGGAUUCAAAUAUAGAUCCCAAUAUUGAUCCGUCUAUAGAAUCACAAUCCGGGAUAUUCACAAAGUUUUCAAUCAAUAAUGAUUUCCAUCCUCAAAAUGAUGAUAAUCAACAAGUUCAUGAUGAUUUCAUAAAUCAACAAUAUAUCGAAGAUAACCAUUCAAAUAAUACAAAUUCUGACGCUUCUGCCGCUGCCGCCGCCGCCGCUGCUGCUGCUGCUGCAAACUUGUCAAAUAUCAUAAACUUUAAUCAUUUACAAGGCCAUAAUGAAGGUUCAAAUACUACAUCACCUCCUCCACAUCAUCAUCAGAAUACAACUCCAUCACAUCCGCAAUCUCCAUCGACAUCAUCUCAUAAUCAACAAUCACCAAGUACAAAAAACACACAUCCAAGUAAUUCACAAAAGCAAAUACCGUAUAGAGAGUCUUUAAAUUUUAUACAGGAUACAUUAUCAAAUUUAGAAGAUGAAAAUCGUGAAGAAUUUACAGAAUCAGUAUCAUCAAGUUUGAAACAACCAAAACAAAGAAUUAUUCAUGAUUCAAGCUCACAAGUCAGUAUUGUGGUUGUUAAUCCUGCUUCUAACGAAGGUACUCGUCGUUUAGGUAGACCAAGAAAACAUGUAUCAACACCAACAAAUUCAAAAUCUCCAGAUAUUUCUAUUGCACAAUCAACAAAUUCUUCACAAAAUUUGAACGAAAGUAUAUUAUCAAGAUUUAGAGUUGACUCCAAACCUGUUACAGGUCCUGGUUCAAGAGGUGGUAGGAAAAGAUCAGCUAGAUCUAUUGCAUCAAAACCUGGAAGACAAUUCAAGUUUGAAAAAGGUUCAAAAAAUUUGAAAUUAACCGUUAAUGAUGAUGAUGAUGAAAAUGAAAAUGAUGAAAACUCAAGUGAUAAACCUUCUUUAAAAAAGACAAAACCUUCUUAUCUUCAACCAAAGUCAAAACCUACGGUUAUAUCUCUUGAUAAUAAAGAAGAAACUCAUAAUGGUGAAAAUAAUGAUGAUGAACUAAUAGUAAUAGAUGAAAUCAAAAAAUCUUCAAAUGAAAAACCUAAUGAAUCAGAACCUAAAAUCAUAUUAGAAGAUUAUCAUUCAUUAAAAUCAAAAGGAAGAAGUACAGCAAAAGAUGAUUUUAAUAAAAAUGCAUUUGAUAAAUUAGGUCUUGUACCUCAUUCAAACAAAAACAAGAAAAAGCAAACACCAAUCAAGAAGAGAAAAGAUCCACCAGGUCCUCUUGUUGGUGUAUAUCAUGAUAUUUAUGAUCCUGAAACUAUUUCAUCAACAAUUUCUUCAACUGAUGAAGAUUUAAAUAAGAUAGCUUUAGGAUUUGAAGUUAUACCUGCUCCUUACGCUAAAGAUAUAAUAACAAUUUUAGAAUUUAUCAACAAAUUUCAAUCUGUAUUGGGAGAUUUCAUUGAUAUAGGUCCCCAAAAUAUUGAGGAAGGUUUAGGAUUGCGUCCUUCAACAAAAUAUUCCUUAGAUAAUGUCAAACAAAAAACUGUUGAUCAAUUAUUUGAUGAAACAAAAUCACAUAGAGAUAAUGAACUUCGUUUGGAGCAAUUAUUCAGAAAGCUAGUGAGUCUAACGAUGAACAAAAAGAAUGAAUUAACACCAAGUAAUUAUAAAGCUGCUAUCAAAUUUCUUAGAGUUUCUGCUCAUAAUUGGGGUCUUCCAAAAGAAUGGAGGGAUGAUUCUGAAAUUUUUAAUGCUGAAAAGAUUACAAAAGAAACUGAUACUGAACCUGUUGAUCCUUCAAAUACACAAUUAUUUGAUAAUGUUUUCCGUGAAUUUGGUACAGCUUCACCUUUACCUGAUUUACCAAUUGAUAAUGAUGAUUUACUUGAAGAAGGAUUGAAUGCUUUAAAACCUAAAGAUCGUUUAAUCUUAUUAAGAAGUUUAGUCCAUUGGUGUUUAGCAAAUUCAGAUAUCAUCAAGAAUGAAAUCACUACUAAACUUCAAGCUCAAGAACAAUCAUUGGAGAAAGAAACUUAUUAUGCAUCAAGAUUUGCUAAAGAGGGUAUGAAAUCAUUGGAACAAUCUAUUCAACAUUAUCAAAAACAAGGGCAAAAAUCAACCAAAAAAUCAAAUUUGGUAUCUAAAACUACAACUCCUGAAAAUGAGGAAAACUCAUCAACUACAUCAGAGAUUGAAAAAAGCACGAUUAACUUUGCUGAUCCUUCAUUUCCAUCAUCAAAACAUCCAUUAGCUUUAAGGCUCUUGACAUUCUAUGCUGGUGAUGGUGGGUUAAAUGGUAGAUUUUAUCUGUGUCGUCAAUCAAAUGAACAAACAGGUCCAGUUGGUGGUUAUGAAGAUUUGAAAAACUUACUUGAAGAUGAAAGACCCGUUGAGAAGAUAACAUAUGAUGAGCCACCUACAAGAUUUAAACUUUAUGUUCAAGAUAUUACUACAAUGUUGACUAAUGUUAAUCAUCAAUUAAAUCCAGAAGUUGAACCAAAUACUAAUGAUCCAUUAGACCCAUGGUAUGAAGUUUGUGGUGAUGUUGAAAGCUUAAAGAAGUUCUUAGAUCAUUUAUCAUUGAAAUUAUCUAGGCAGGGAUCUAAACAAUUAAAUAAUCUGUUCAAUUAUUUAAAUUCUUUACUUCCAACUUUAGAAAAAUUUGAUCAAAUUAGUAAAAAUGGGAAAACUAUUUCUAAAAGAACAAGAAGUGGGAAUAAUAAUAAAUCAGUUGAUAUUUUCAAAUUCAAAGAAAGAGGGAAUAACUCAAAUGAUAGUGAUGAUCAAGAAAUGGAAGAUUAUGAAGAGGAUUUUGGUCUUAUAGAAGCCAAUAAUGAUGAUGAAGAUGGUGACUACAUAGAGGAACAUUGA